AUUUCAUUGCCUUUCAGUAUUUGUAAAACAGAAUGCGUCCUUUGGUCUUCAUCUUUUUCGUAGGUGUCUUUGCACUCUACAUUCAAUGUUCAUUUGCUGGAGACGAAGAGGACCUUGCCAAAUUGAGGGAAGCCAAAACUGUAUCUGCUGUACUUGACCAAAUAAAUGGCAAAAUCCAUACAAAACUAGAACCGACAUCAAAAGGUCAAAAAUUUUCAGAAGCAUUUGAUUGUUCAUCAGUCGCAUCGGUCACGUUACAAAAAGUUCCUGUGAAUGCUCAAUUACAUCAACUUAAAAGUUGCAUCAGUAAAGUAUCUGACAAGGCUCUACAAUCCAAAAUAAGUUCGUUUUAUGACGCAGUAAAUACAUUUUCAUCCAUGAUACCAGCUUUGAAAUCAACAAUCGAAGAUAACCAAAUGUGUUGUCAAACAUACCAAAUCACGCAAGAAGAAUAUUUAGAAUCGAAAAGACAGAAAAUUUUAAAAAAUCUUAUGAAAAUUCAACCGUUCGAAUCAAAGUUAUUACAUCAAUUUGCCCAUGUUCCAAAUUUGGCAAAAAUCUUAAAAUUGAUCAGUGAGAGCUAUUUGUCGGAAAUGGCUACCGUAAUUACAAAAAUAAAUCAAUUAAAUGCCGCAAAAUCAAAGGAACAAGUAAAAUAUACCACAGAAUUAAAUGCAUUGAUGGACACAUUUGCCCAAGACGAUACAAAACUGAUUAAGACUCUCAACGAUGAUGUUCACAAGAUUUCAGGUCAAACUUGUCCAAAUAUUGAAGGUUUCUUCAAUAGUAUAUAAAUAUACCAAAUAAAAAAAAUACCCAAUUGAACUUAACGAACCUUAAAAUAUAUUGUAUUACCUGCAAAAACUUAAAUUAUAUAAAAAUGAA